UGCGCCCUGCCAGCUAGCCGUCCCGGGAGGGUCCGGCCCCCUAAGCCCUCCGUGUGUUCGCGGCGUGCUCGGCGCAUGGACAGCCCCCUUGGCCCUCCGCCUGCCUGGGCGACCUCUUGCAAGCUGACUGGGGCCAGGGGCGGGGCUUCGCCCAGUGUGGGGAAUAUAAAGGCCCGGGCUGUGCGCUUGCAAAGGCAACAGCUGAGCAGUGCCGAGUGCCUGGUCGGAUCUAAAGAGCAGACAGAAAAAGCACCGCUGUUGCUUAAACAAGAGAUCUCUCGAGGCAAAGAUUGACAGCUCUGUGGUUCUGGUCUCUGUGACUCGCUGUGUCUACUCCCUUAGCUAACGAUGGAGACGAUGCAGGAGCUGAUUCCCUUUGCCAAAGAGAUGCUCAGCCAGAAACCCAACGGGAAGAUGGUCAAGCUGUACAUGCUGGGCAGCGUGCUGACGUUCUUUGGUGUGGUCAUUGGCCUGGUGGAGACGGUCUGCAGCCCUUUCGCCUCCGAGGAGAGGCAGGAGGAGGAGGAGAGGGAGAAGGAAGAGGAGAGACCUGCCACCCCCCUGACGAAAGAGGAGGUUGUGCCUCAGAAACAGGAGGGUGUAACAAUGGAAAAAAGCAAGCAGGUGCUAGCAGUGAGAAAUUUGGUGAACCGGCAGCAUGCAUCAUAAGAGCACGUCCGGCACCUGCAAGAACAUGGUGACAUGAAAUGCACAGGACAUUCCUUGCCCCAUUCCUUCUUGACAGUGUAGUUUCCAGAAGGCAAGAGAACUGUGACUUGUAUGCGAGAUGCAAAUGGACUCUAUACCUAAAACCAAGAGAGUUUUAUUUUGCUGCCAUGCAGCAGUUUUAACUACACAGCCAUUUCAAUCUACGUACCUGUUCUUUAGGUAUGGAUAUGUGAAGCUUGUAGCAUCUUGUACCCACCUUUGUGUGGGGUGGUUGUUUUUAUAUUAUUGUUAUUAUGAUAACUAUGCAUACAAUUUACAUACAUUUUCAUUUUAAAUAAACUAUUUUAUACCUGA